AUGCCAUUGAUGCGGAUCCCAUACACAUCUCCUCUACCUCAACCCACCAUCCUCCCAGCUCACGCCUCCGACAUCGCCGGCGCCGUCGAUGCUCUGGUCAAUUUCCUCACGUCCCGGCGCGCUUCCGUCGGCAAGAAGACCGUCGUCCUCUCGGGCGCUGGGAUCUCCGUCGCCUCUGGCCUGGCGGAUUAUCGCGGCAGCAAUGGCACCUACACCCUAAACAAGACCUACCGGCCCAUCUACUAUGGCGAAUUCUGCCAGUCCCAUGCUGCUCGACGGCGGUAUUGGGCCCGUAGCUUCCUGGGUUGGCCCACGCUACACCGCAGUCAACCCAACCCCGCCCAUCAUGCCGUCGCGCGUCUCGGCGAGAUGGGCCUCCUCAGCACCGUCAUCACCCAGAACGUCGACAGUUUCCACCCGCAAGCCCAUCCGAGUCUGCCGACCCUCGAGCUCCACGGCUACCUGCGGCGGACCGUCUGCAUCACCUGCCGGACCGAGUACGACCGCGAGAGGUUCCAGACCGACCUCAAGCAGCUCAACCCCAGCUGGGCGUCCUUCCUGGAGGAGAUGACCGCCAAAGGCGCCUUCACCACGGAGGACCCCGCCGAGCGCCGACGCCGGGGGCUCAAGACGAACCCGGAUGGCGACGUCGAUGUCCCCGGCGUCGAUUACAGCACCUUCCGCUACCCGCCCUGUCCGAAAUGUGCCGCGGGAGGCGCGGCGGCGGAGCAGGGCAAGGGGGUCCGCACGGACGGCGAUGGCGCAUGGGAACCGCCCGACGACGCCCCGGCCUCCAAGGCGGCCGGGAUCCUCAAGCCGGCGGUGAUCAUGUUCGGCGAGUCGAUCCCGCCGGACGUCAAGGGCGCGGUGGAACGGGCCGUCGAUGACGCCCAGCAGAUCCUCGUGCUGGGCUCCUCGCUCGCGACGUACUCCGCCUGGCGGCUCGUCAAGAGGGCCCGGGACCAGGGCAAACCCAUCGCCGUCGUCAACAUGGGCGGCGCGCGCGGCGAGGAGCAGUUCUUCGCGGAUGUGCCCGCCGACACGGACGGCUCCGCCGGGCUCCGAUGCAGUCUCCCCUUGGAGAAGACGCUCCCUGCCCUCGUCGAGAGGCUGGAGGAGGAACGCUCGCCCACCGGCGACCGCCUCACGCGGGGAUUCGUACGGGCACCGUGGGCGUGA